AUGGGGACCGAAGAGCCUAAAGACUUGUUGAAAGGGGUGGACUGGAAAACAGUCGGUGGUGACAUAGGUAAUGGUUCAAGUGGUGGACCUGUCACCAAGAAGCGACUCCCAAAAAAAAUUAGACAAGUCCCAGAUUACUAUUUUCUCCCUCGAAGAUCCAUACCUUCGGCCAUUGCACUCUAUGGAGCAAUCUGUGCAGCUGGAGUUGGUGCAGGGAUGUUGGUUGAGAAAUGGAUAGACAAGAAAAUAAAAGAUGUUGUUGUCAUCGUUGUUAAGGGGAAGGCAACAAUCAACUUGGUGCACAAUGAUAACAGGGAAUCCUACAAUCUUGAGUGUGGAGAUGUAGCUAGGAUUCCUGCUGGAAUGAUGGCCUACUUGGUGAAUAGAGACGACAACGAAAACCUCCAGAUAGUCACACUCUUUAGGACCAUCUCAACUCCCGGCCACAUCUCGAAAUUCUCCAGCGCCAGCAGCGAAGAUGGGGAAUCAUUCUACAUUGCAUUUAGCAAUGAAAUCCUGGAAACCGCUCUAAAUACUCCAAAAGACAAACUAAAGAGAUUGUUGGGAGAGAAAAGGAAGGGAGUGAUGAGGGAGGCGUCAAAGGAACAAACUAAGGCCAUGAGCGAGCAGGCUUCUUCAUCAUCAGAGGGCGGGCGUCGGUGGAGCAUACACAAAAGUGAGACGAGGAGCCCAUUCAACCUGUUGAAGAAACGCCCCAUCUAUUCUAACAGCUAUGGACAACUCUACGAGGCCCAACCCUACGACUACCAGCAGCUCAAAGACCUCGACGUCUCCGUCAUAUUUAGCAACAUCAGCCAGGGAGCCGGAGCAAUGCUAGCUCCCUUGUACAACACAAGGUUGACCAGGAUAGUUUUUGUAGUGAAAGGGAAUGGAUGGUGGGAGAUGGCGUGCCCAGACAUCUCCAGUUUCAUAAUUCCACUGGGGCAUGUGUUCACCGUCGUUGCUUCCGAGAAAGAGAAUUUGCAGAUAAUUGUAUUUGGGAUAAACGCCCAAGAUAACAAGAGGAAUUUCAUCGCUGGUAAAGAACACAACGUGAGGAAACAGAUGGACAAGGAGGCCAAGGAGCUGGCUUUUGACAUGGGAGGAGUCGUUCUUUGUUCCUUGUCCCCUGAAGCAGAAGCAGCGCCACAAACAUGA